AAAAAAAGUUCAUAAUUAAAGAUUAGAAAUAAGAGGCAGCUGAAAAAUGAAGAGGAUAAGCAUAUAUUUCUCUCUCCUUUUAAUCAGUUAUUUUCUCAUAAAUGUAGCGGGAAAAUCAGUUGGUGUUGCUGCAAAAGUGUAUAACCGCUAUGACUUCCCACCCCAUUUCAUCUUUGGCGCUGGCACAUCUUCUUACCAGGUGGAAGGAGCAGCAUUUGAAGAUGGAAGGAAAGCUAGUAUCUUUGAUACUUUUGCUCAUUCUGGUAGAUUUGGGGAUGCAACUGCAGAUGUAGCAGCUGAUCAGUAUCACAAAUACAAGGAGGAUGUUCAACUGAUGGUGGAAACAGGAUUAGAUGCCUAUCGUUUCUCCAUUUCAUGGUCAAGACUAAUACCUGAUGGCAGAGGACCUGUUAACCCCAAGGGUGUGGAAUAUUACAAUAACCUCAUCAAUGAACUUGUCAGCCAUGGAAUCCAACCACAUGUUACAUUGCUGCACUUGGAUACACCACAGGCACUCGAGGAUGAAUAUGGAGGGUUCAUAGAUCAGCGUAUUGUCGAUGACUUCACAGCAUAUGCUGAUGUUUGCUUUAGAGAAUUUGGUGAUAGGGUUCAAUAUUGGACUACCAUCAAUGAGGCAAAUAUAUUUGUCUUGGGUGGUUAUGAUACUGGGGAUUCGCCUCCUGGUAGGUGUUCUCCCACUAACAGAAGUUAUUGCAUGAAAGGAAACUCUUCAACAGAACCCUAUAUUGUUGCUCAUAAUGUUCUGCUUGCUCAUGCUUCAACUGCUAGGCUCUACAAGGAGAAGUAUAAGGCCAAACAACACGGGUUACUUGGGUUCAGUUUGUAUCUGUUUCAUUAUAUUCCGGCAAGUAAUUCAACAGAAGAUGCAUUGGCGGCACUGAGAUCAUAUGAUUUCUUCAUUGGCCUUUUCAUGGAUCCUCUGACAUAUGGAGAUUAUCCAGAAAUAGUGAAGAAAAAUGCUGGAAACAGACUUCCUACUUUCACCAAAAACCAGUCAGAAUUGGUUAAAGGAUCAUUCGACUUUAUUGGGGUGAAUUUCUACUGUGUAAUUUCAAGCAAACAUACAAAACUUAAGCCGGAACCUAGAGAUUACAUCGCUGAUAUAGCAGCAGAAUGGAUAUAUUAUAAUCUGAGUUCUGAUUUACGUAAAGUGGAUAAAUAUCCUACAAUACCAUGGGGUCUAAAGGGAUUGGAGUACUUCAAGAAUGUAUAUGACAAUCCUCCUAUGUAUAUUCAUGAGAAUGGUCAACUGACAUACCAUAAUGUAUCAGUAAAUGACCCAUCCAGGAGAGAGUAUUUGCAAAUUCUUAUCGGCGCUGUGCUUGAUGCAGUGAGAAAUGGAUCGAAUACUAAAGCCUACUUUGUCUGGUCAUUCGUGGACUUGUUUGAGCUGUUAUUUACCUAUGAAAAAGGCUUUGGUCUGUACUAUGUUGAUUACGAUGACCCAAACCGGUCCAGAUAUCCUAAGUUGUCUCAGAAAUGGUACGCGGGAUAUCUGAGAGGAGAAAAUGUUACCAUAGAUGACGAGGAAAGCCAAGCAGAAAAUAAGCUCACCAUUAUUGGAACUGCUCCUAAUGAUGAAAAGUUUUCCAGUUGAGGUUCUUGUAAUAAAUAAAUAAAUAGCCUAUGUUUGGUUAGUAUGUAUUUCUAUCUCAUUAACAUGUGCACAUAGAUACACAUCAAAUAAACCAAUACAUUAUUUCAGUAUAUACUGAUGUUUAAAACAUAGUCUAUUCAAUGUAUAUUAUAAUGUUUGAAACAUAAUCUAUUCUGC